GUGCUGAUCUAGUUUCACUUUCAUUUUGACGGAUUAUAAAGCAGACAGGAAACCCUCAGCUCAGCAGAGACAAAGGGAGGGCACAUCUGGACACAUCUCGGUGAGAAAAGGGCCUGACAUUUUCAGUGGCCAAAAGCGGGGGGAUUUCAGCCGUGGCUGUUAACAGAAAGACCCCAAACAGCUUCGUGUAACUCAGACAGAGUUCAGCUUUGAUCAAAUCCUGAAAGCAAGAACAUGGGUAAUUCUGAGAGCAGUACCACGCAAUCCAGUGAUGGUUUCAAAGAGGGUCCAGAUCUUAAAGUCAACAAGAACAUUGUUAUGUUCAGCAGUCUGACUUCUACAGAUAGUCUGAAACAACACUAUGAAAAGCGGCGAAUGGAGGCCGGAGACUGCGCUGCAGGCUGGAUUAAGAGCCUGGCUGAAAAAGUCGGUGCCUUUUCGUCAGCUCCUGAACUGGCAGGGCUUGGAGCGCUGGCUGUCGCUGUCCUCAUCGACAUCCUUUCAUCCAAUCCAAACAGCAUCAAAGAUGUUCUGCAGUCGGUGUUUGCUGAGGAGAAGGCCUCUAAAGUCUGGGAUCUGAUCGACGAGUUUCUGAAAAGAUACAGGAUGUACAUCAAUGACAGAGAAACCCUGAAGAAGGAAAUCAAGCGCAUUGAAGAACAGCUGAGCAAGGCUCUUACUAGGCUGAAGAACUCCAUGGUGAGGGGAGGACAUGUGACCAAUCAAGACGUGAAGAUCUGGGUGAACGGGGCAGCCUUCCACAUCCAGAUGCUGAUUCACCUGGAGAGGCUUGGAGGGACUCAAAACUAUGACCCCAUAAAGAGUCUCAUCAAGGAGUACAAGGAAGACUUGGACACAGUGUUUGAAAAGCAUGAAGAAAUGAUUAAAGGAAAGUGCCACUUUGUUAGCUAUGCAGACACUAAUGGUGCCUCGAUUAGUUAUGAUGUAUGUCUGGUUACAGAGGACUCUAAGUCCUAUUGGGUUGGGGAUAGAGGCUCUGAAGAAGACCUUGAGGACUAUUACAAUAAGAGGUUUGGCAAGCAGAAGUGUGAGAUUGAGAAACAUUUCAGUGAGGUAGAAAAAAACGUGCCAGAGCUGAUUCGUCAAAGAGGCUCUCUAGAAGUCAGGAGAUAGAGGGGCAGACAAACCUAGAAAGAAACAGAUAUAUUCUAUAGUGUCAACUAAACUUUAACUUUAGGACAAGUCAGUCACCAUGUUUGGGAUGUGAUGUUACCAGAAAGGAAUUGUGUUAUCUGCAUGUGCUUAUCAGUAUUUAGCAACUGUUUAUCAUUAGUAUAACACCUGAAAUAUUGUGAGAAUUGCAUGCAAUGUGUGAAAGAUAAGAAAUACUGAAAAGUGGAAAUUAGAAGUAUUAGACUGUGUGUAAUGUUUAAAAUGUAACAAAAUAAAGCUGUAAUUGGCAUGACCUUGGUGGUUGAUGCUUUACUGCAAACAUUACCACCCCAGCAACAUUUCAUAAAUAAAACAAGAAGAUCAGAGGCCUAAUCCAGCAUUUAAUACGCUAUAGACUACUUGUAGAAGUAGUUAUACAAACUGGCUCACUUUAGUUAUGUUAACUUUAGCUAAAAAUACAAAGCUACGAUAUCUAUCUAAUCGAUGUUACCACACAAGCACAUGUAGCUAAGUUAGCUUUAGCAACAUGAGCUUUAGAAAUCAUAGCUAUAGCUAAUGUAGAUAGCAUAGAUGCGUAGCUGUUUUGUGAGCUUUGCUUUGGCUAUGUUAGCUACAUAGUUUGUUAUCUACAUAGCUUUUGCAACAUCAGUUUCGGCAAACAGCUAAAGCUAACAGAUAAAGUAGAUAAGUAGCUGUUUUCGGAUCACUGCUUUAGCUACAUAUUUUGUUAUCUACAUAGCUUUAACAAACAUAGCUAAAGCUUCCUCAGCUAUGUAGAUAGCAUCAAUACUAGCUUAUGCAGCAACUAAUUGAGCUUAACUUUGGCUAUGUCUGCUAUACCUACGUUAGCUACUUAGUUCUGUUAUCUAGCUUUAGAAAUGUAAGCUUUGGCAAAUUAAGCUAAAGCUAACGUAGUACGGUAGAUAAUGGGACCACUUAUCACCAACAGAUACAAUAAGUCCAUUAUCUACAUAGCUAAGUUAGCUUUAGCAAUGUGACGCAAACCUUGGUAAAGCCUGUUUAACUAUGCAGAUAGUGUAGCUAGGUGACUUAUGUAGCUGCUUCACGAACUUAGCUUUAGCCAUGUUAUCUUUUAGCUACAUGAGCUACAUAGGUAUGUUUUUCACUUAGUAAAGUUUGCUUUGGCUACUUGUUGACACUCCAGUUGCACAUGGCAAUUUAGCGACGUGACAGUUUAUGUCGAUACGUAGCUCUUGUGGCUGCUUCCAGAACUCAGCUUGAGCUGUGGUGGCUGUUAGCUAUGAAUCUACUAUGUAGUUAUGAUAUCAAUGUAGGUAAGUUACUUUUAGUGACAUUUGCUAAAGCUCACACUGCUAAAGCUGAUUAAGCUAUAUAGCUAACUUAACUACAUAGCAAUUGUAGCUAAUGUAGCUAAAGCUAAGUUCACAAAGCUGCCACGCAUCUAAGCUUCCUACAUAACUAGUUUAAUGAAGUAACUGCUUUGUAAGCUCUGUUCUAGCUGUGGUCGCUAUGUUACCUACAUUAGCUUUGUAGCUAAUGGAGCUAACUUUGUUUCGUAGAUACAUUAGUUAUGUAGGUCCGCUAUCAAUGUAGGCUGUGAAGCAAAAAGAUCAAUGUAAGCUAUGUUUGCUGUAUAGGUAUUUCCAUUAAAGAAAAGUUUUUAUCUUGAUUCAGAAAACUUCUAAAAGAGGCAGAGCGCAGAGAGACAUUGAAAUCAACAAUCUGGAGGUUUUCUAAGAAGCUGAGGCAACUAGAAAAGGUGAUUUAAAACAGGAAUAUGAGAAGGCCUAAACUGUGCUAAAACAAGUUCAAAGUUGAAUGUAAAGUUAAUUCAAUAUGUACAACCCCAAUUCCAAAAAUGUUGGAGUGCUGCACCCAAGGCUUUAGCAGCAGGAUUCUUAAGUUUCGAGUUUUGUAAAUCUGAUCAUGGUUUAGUCAUUAUUCAAGAAUGGAUGUCUUCAAAAGCAUCUUAUCAUGUCUUGGUUUUAAUCACAUUGUUUGUGAUCCAAGGGGAUGACGACUUUUUUAAAAGACUGUACUUUAUUUGUUGCUCUGGUAGAAUUAUGUUGUUCACACUAAAUUCUGUCUCUGUUCCAAUGUCUCAGACUCAGGCUGUUAUUUAUGCUCAUGUCUCUUAUCUGGAUGCAAAUGUUGCUUUCUGUUUUCUUGCUCCGACCACAGCCUACUUUGCUUUAUUUUUGUUUUAUCAGAAAAUAUACACUAAUGACCAAGAUGUUCUUCUUUUUUCAGUGUUACAGAGACAGCCUCCACCUCUGAUUCAACCCUUAAAAGAAGACCAUGGGGAAUGAUAACAGCAGCUCUAGAUGCAACAUCAACGAAAGGGCUGAGAGAGAAAUUGCAGAGUUUAAGAAAUAUAUUGAUAAAGGUCCAGAUCUUAAAGUCAACCAGAGCAUUGUAAUGUUCAGCAGUCUGACUUCUACAGAUAGUCUGAAACAACACUAUGAAAAGCGGCGAAUGGAGGCCGGAGACUGUGCUGAAGACUGGAUUAAGAACCUGGCGGAAAAGCUCGCUGCCUUCACGUCAGAGCCUGAACUGGCAGGGCUUGGAGCUCUGGCUGUCGCUGUCCUCAUCGACAUCAUUUCAUUCAGUCCACCUGAGGAGAGCAUCAAAGAGGCUCUGCGGUCCGUGUUUGCUGAGGAGAAGGCGUCUGAGGUCUGGGAUCUGAUCGACGAGUGUCUGAAACGAUACAGGAUGCACAUCAAUCACAAAAAAGAGCUGAGGAGUGACAUCAAGCGCGUCGAAGAACAGCUGAGUGUGGCUCUUACCAAGCUGAAGAACUCCAUAGUGAGGGAUGGACACGUGACCAAUCAAGCCAUGAAAAUCUGGGUGAACGGGGCAGCCUUCCACAUCCAGAUGCUGAUUCACCUGGAGAGACUUGGAGGGACUCAAAACUGCGACCCCAUAAAGAAUCUCAUCACGGAUUAUAAGGAAGACUUGGACGCAGUGUUCAAAAAGCACGAAGAAAUGAUAAAAGGGAAGUGUCGAUGGGAUAGAUAUGAGGAAUCUUCUGGGUUCUCUGAUGCUGUCAUUGGCUAUGAUUUCUAUCUUAUUAACGAAGAGUCUGUUUGCUAUUUGAUUGGGGAGGGAGGUUAUGACAGAUACCUUGAGGCCUACUAUGAUGAGAGGUACGGCAAGCAGAAGAGUGAGAUUAAGAAACAUUUCAGUGAGGUAGAACAAAACCUGCCAGAGCUGAUUUGUCAAAGAGGUGCUCUAGAUGUCAGGAGAUAGAGGGGCAGACAAACCUAGAAAGAAACAGAAAAGCAGAAAUAUUUGAUAGUUUCAACCAAAAUGUGACUUUAGGACAAGCCAGACACCAUGUUUGUUCAACAUCUUAAAUGACCCAGAGACUUCUCAACAUAUGAGCAGUGUUCUGUCUUUGUCUCUACCACUGUUUUCACACAUCGUUAGCCUAAUAGCGUAAUUGCCUAAGUCAUUUUUUGGCCAAACUGUGAUUUCUGCCUAACUUUACUCUCCUAACACUGCUCCAUCAUCCUGUCUUAUUGCCUUUGUCCUCAGCCUAUCAGAACGCUUGUUACAGUCCAAAAUCACAAGCUGCCUAAGUCAUCUCUCAGACUUAGGCAUUUUUGACGCAACAUUCAAAGAUGGCAGAUCGCAUGAGAAAGAGGGCUCUGCUGACCACAAGUGAGGCAUUAUCUCUUCUCUUUGAUUCAUCUGGUAAACUAGUUUAUUUCUUCAACAUUCUAGACAGUAAAUGUACUUUCAGUCAGUCAUUGGGGUUAGGAACUGUGUGUUUAAAUUUUAAUCACAUUUCUGCAACUAGGUAUGAUAAAGUAGUGUAGGAGCUAGCUAUCGCUAGCAAAAUCUUACUAGGAAUAUUUGUGUCAUUUCUGGUCAAAACAAAUCUCUUUACACUUAAAAUAAGACAUAUCACCUAAAAAAAGUAACUUUUUUGGACAUUUUUUACUAGUUUCAAGCAAAUUGUCAGUGAAUAUUUGCUUUUUAUUUUAAGGGUAAAGAGAUUUGUUUUGACUAGAAAUGAGAAAAGUAUUCUUGGUAAGAUUCUGAAUUUUUGCAGUACACCUGUUCAUUUAACAUUUUGUUACUGUGUUAAAACACUCAGCAGAACGUUGUUUUCUUGUGCUUCAGGGUCAGGAAAUGAACUUGAUACCAAUUUAGAGAAGGACUUAGAGAAGGAUUUAGAUGACAGUAGACCUGAGAAAGAAGAAAAAUGACCGGGGCUGUCACUAGGACCACCCUUCAGUGGCUUAGCCCCAAGGGUUGCAGGUAAUGCUUGUCAUAUAGCGCGUACCAAAUUUUUUUCUCCACAACUUAAAAUGCUUAAUUAAUUAAUUAAUUAUUAGUUGUAGAUCAUUUAUCAGAACCAAUGAUCCAGCUCACUGUCUUUUCCUUAGAAGACUGUCCUUUCAGCCUUUAGCAAUGAUCAGUUGCGAUACUUGGGAGAGCAUAUAUGGGAGAGCAUGGGCAGGAAGCAACUGAAAAAAACAUGUUGAAAUGAGGGCAUUAAAGCUUCAGUUUGAACACAAGACAGCACACCUCUAUGACUGAGCUUACUGAAGACACGCGCCACCAGCAGACUUCCUCUCCUCUCUUACGCAUAUUCCUUCGUCGCAUGCACCGAACAAUAAUGAUACACAGAUUAAAAGGAAAUUAAGGUGUCAUGUAGACUUGGCACUAAGCCACAUGUGACUGGAGAGCCAUGGGGAUAUGUUUAGGAAAGUAAAACAACUUUGGUUAUGUUAUGUUUGUAUUUAUAUGUAAGAGAAAAAUUGCCUAAGUCAGUGGCAUAUUCUGCCUAAGUCACUUUUCUUUGUUAUGAAAUCAAUGUUGUAUCUUUUUCUUUUUGAAAACUUGUUCACACAUCUGGUUGAAAUCACAAUUUAAAUAUCAGUUGAAAAUACCAAUGCACUUAGUAAAAAAAAAGUGUUUUUUUCUCGUUUUCCGAAAACGUUCAAAUAUGACUUAUGCAAUUAUGCUAUUAGGCUGACAAAUUCACCACUGGAAAUUUCUAGAAAAUUCCAGGCAGGCUGGCUCUGAAUUUGGACUUGUUGUUCACACAUGUUCUUACAGCCUUUCUGAGAAUGAUGCAGAAGUGGCCACGAUGUUUGUUCUUUGUGCUUAAAUGUAUUUAUGUCAUCUGUAUGUGCUGAUUAAUAUUAAGCUACAACCUUUUAUCAUUAGUAUAACACCUACAAUAUUGUGAGAGGGAUAAACAAUGUGGACAAGAUAAGAAAUGCUGAUGAACAGAAUUUGAAAGUUGUUUAAAAUUUUACAAAAUAAAGCUGUUCAUUACUGUUUAA